AGUCUUGAAUUCCUCUCUUUCUCUCUCUUCCAUCUCUACCACACAACCCAUCGAAAUCGUCUGCUUCAAUAACCCCCGAUCCUCCACCGUCUUCACUCACAACACCAUGAUCAACGGUGGCGUUACCCCAAAUCAACCGCCGGAGGACGAAUUUGAUCCCUUUUUACAAGGCUACAACCCUAGCGACCUUCGAACUGCCUCCGAAUUUCUUCUCAAUUGGUUGCCUUUCCUCUCUAAAGGCCUUUGCGAUCACUGCUCCCACUCCAUCUCUCAUCGCGUUCGAUCUCUGCAUCCUAGUAUGUCAUUUGAGUAUGAUGCUGAACAGCCACACCAACGCGGGGAAGUACAAGUUUCAACAUCAAAUGGUAGGGAUUUGAAUAGAUGUACUGGCAAUCAGGACAACCAUGAUUCUAAUUGGCUAAGUGGUUGCAAAAAUGGAACAGAUAUCAAUGACACAGAGGAUACAAAUUCUUUGGGUAGCUGGAAAGAUGGUGCAAAUGGAGCAUUGGAACAAAUUGAAGAGACUUUAGGAAGUUUGAGGGUUCAAUCACCAGAACAUGUUAAAAGCCCUAGGCCACGAAUGUCAUGGGCUGAUAUGGCACAGGAGGAGAUGGAUGCUGACGAAGAGGAGGAAGCUAGCAGGCAAUUUGGUAAUAGCAGUAGCCAAGUGGAAGAGACAGGUGGAGAAGUGAAGACUACCCCAAAGCCAGAGUUGUCAAGAGAACAAAGAGAACGCAUUCGCUUUACAAAUGUGAAGAGGAAGAAAGAUUUUAUUUGCUUGGAGAGAGUUAGUGGGAAAUUUGUGAAUAUCCUUGAUGGCCUUGAGCUCCAUGCUGGUGUAUUCAGUGCAGUGGAGCAGAAAAAGAUAGUUGAUUUUGUUUAUGAGCUUCAGGAGAAAGGAAAGAAUGGAAAAUUGAAAGAACGCACCUAUACCGCUCCUCAGAAGUGGAUGAGGGGAAAAGGGCGGGUGACCAUCCAAUUUGGCUGUUGUUACAACUAUGCAACAGAUAGAAAUGGUAACCCACCAGGGAUACUUAAGAAUGAGUUAGUAGAUCCCAUACCUCAUCUUUUUAAAGUUAUCAUCAAGAGAUUGGUCAAAUGGCAUGUUCUUCCUCCUACAUGUGUACCCGACAGUUGUAUAGUCAACAUUUACGAUGAAGGCGAUUGCAUUCCACCUCAUAUCGACAAUCAUGAUUUUCUUCGGCCAUUUUGCACAGUUUCUUUUCUCAGCGAGUGCAAUAUUCUUUUUGGAACGAAUUUGAAAAUAGAGGGCCCCGGGGAGUUUUCUGGUGCAUUCGCCAUCCAGUUACCAGUGGGAUCUGUUCUUGUUUUAAAUGGGAAUGGAGCCGACAUAGCGAAACAUUGUGUGCCAGCAGUUCCUACCAAAAGGGUUUCAAUUACAUUCAGGAAAAUGGAUGAAUCAAAAUGGCCAAACGGGUUUAUUCCAGAACCUGAUUUGCAAGGACUCGAGCCACUUGUGUAUGAAUCAGACAAACCCAAGGUUGGUGGUUCAUAUAUCUCCAAACCACGUCCUUCGAAUAGGCAAGUUGCUAGAAGAGACGACCCAAUGGACCCCUCAAGAGGAUUACUAGGUUCACAGCCGCGUUUCUAUGGUCAAAGUCAAACAAGACAUCAUGGUCCUAGUCCUGGAAAUCGAAGGAAAGCCAGGUCAGAAUAUUGAUAUGCUUACACUUUCCACUCUGAAAACACAUUCUUGCGGUUUCUUGACAUAUAUCGCUUCUUCAAAUGUGCAUUUGUUCGUUAGUCCCCAUACCAAAUGAUGGUUUCUAUUUGAGUGUGUGAAAUCUAGCUUUAAGUCCGAAUCUGACAAGGAUCGAGCAACUGUUAUGGCCCUAGUUUCACAAAAUGGAUAUGUGAUUCCAACUUCUGAAAGGUGUGUGUGUGAUUGAAAAUAAGCAGGAAAACAAAUGAAAGGAGAAAGAUUGUUAGUUCCAUUUAUGGGUGUAUGAGGUUUUAGAGUUUUUGAAUAUCCUUGUACAUGUUAUAAGUCAUAUCUGAUUUCUCCACCUCCAAAUUGAGUGCAUGGGUUUGAUUUGAAGUUUGAUAUUUUGUUGAGUUC